AUGGGCGGCAACACAAUAGAGAUCGAGAGAAGAGAGACAGAUUUGGUGAUGCAGGCACUUGCUAGGAUACAGCCGCAGACCAGCAAGUACUGGCUCCUGAAGAUGGAGCCAGGGGAGUGGUCGUGGUCCGACCAGGCCAGCGCCCUCGGCGGCGUUGGGCCGUGGGACGGCGUCCGCAACCACCAGGCCAUGAACAACCUCCGCGCGAUGCGCUGCGGCGACCAAUGCCUCUUCUACCACUCGGGCGCCGGCGCCGCCUCCCGCCGCGUCGUGGGCGUCGUGGAGGUCGCCAGGGAGUGGUACGAGGGCGAGGAGGGGGAGGCGACGGCCGGCGGCGCCGUGGACGUGCGGGCCGUCGGGCAGUUCCAGCGCUGUGGCUGGAGGAAAGAGCCUUCCGGCCCAGAGCAGCACGGGCCCCUCGAGCAGCGACGCCGCGAUGGGGCACACGGCGGCCGCGGAGAACGCGCCGGCGGCGGUGGCGCGCCUCGGCGGGGGCCUGGGCGGACGGCGGGGGGCAGGAAGGGCGUCUUCACCGGCGGCGCGCGGAGGGAGAGCGGGCUGGGCACGGCGGGGGCGGGGGCGGGGGCGUGGAGGAGGUAG